GCAACAAUAGCAUUCGGUAUGGGCGUGGACAAAGCGGACGUGCGGUACGUGAUCCACCACAGUCUGCCCAAGUCGGUGGAAGGAUACUACCAAGAGGCAGGGAGAGCAGGCAGAGACGGCGAGCCCGCUACUUGCCUCGUCUACUACUCGUACUCUGACGUUAUAAGAUACAGACGCCUUCUUGACAUGGAACGCAACGCGACUCCAGACGCGAAACGCGUACACGUAGAGAACCUGCUUCGGAUGGUAGAGGUUUGCGAAAGUGUCACAGAGUGCCGGAGGGCGCAGGUCCUCGCUUAUCUUGGGGAGAGGUUCAGCAAGGAGCAAUGUGUGAAGGACAAGAAGACCGCUUGUGACAACUGCCUCAAUGCGCAGGACUAUAAGCCAGUCGACGUGACGGAGGAGUGUAAGCUUAUAGUGCGAUGUAUACGAGAAAUAAACACAGGAGGGCGCCCACAGUACACGCUGCUACAUAUCGCAGACGUCUUGAGAGGAUCCAUGCAGCAGCGGCUGCAAACAUUGCAAAAUUCACCCAUACAUGGACGUUGCAAAUCGUGGCAGCGCGGUGACCCCCAAAGACUGCUGCGUCAGAUGGUGGUACGCGGACUAUUAGCUGAGAAACUUGUGGUCGUCAACGACAUUGCCAGCGCUUACAUCGUGCUCGGACCUCACGUAGACAGGCUGAUGUCGGGCGGUGUUCGCAUCGUAUUCCCGAUGAAGUGCGACAAGAAAGCUCUGCAACUGACGACUGCGCCCGUGCCCGUCGCCAGUGACGACACGUCCGUGCACGCGCUCGUCAAGAGGGUGGAGGACCGCUGCUACGCCGACCUGGUCGAGGCUUGCAGGGAAAUGGGCGAGGCUCGAGGCGCGUCUCUUGCGGCGGUGAUGCCUCUGGCCGCGCUGAAGGCCAUGGCCACGCGGCUGCCCGAGACCGCCGAGGACAUGCUGUCGCUGCCGCACGUCACCAGAGCCAACUACGAGAAGUACGGCGUCGAGCUUCUCAAGAUCACUGCAGUUUAUGCUGUCGAGAAAAUGGGUCUCCUAAUGCAAUACGAAGAUGAGAUGGAGCAAGAGAAAGCGAAGGAGAAUGAUUUUCAUGAGGACGAGUCGGGGUCGGAUACCGACUGGGCAGCGCUGGGGCGGAGCGCAAGCGCAGGCACCAGCUCCAGGGGCUCGGGACGAGGGCGGAGGUCCACCAGGGGAGGCGUUAGGAAACGGUAAGUAUUGAAGCAUCUCUAUUUGUCUUCUUUUUCACAAACUUGGCCCACUACGUACUUGAGAGUGCAUAAUUAGUGACAACACAAAUUUAGUUGCAGUAGAGCUCAUUGUGAAAGAGUUCGUCCAGGAAAGUACUGCCAUCUUACCUAUUUCUGCCGCCAAGCAGUAAUAUCAGCGUUACUGUGUUCCGGUUUUGAAGGGU